UUUGCUAUUAAGUUUUUUUGUUCACUUUGAAAAAUAUAUCCUCCUCUUCCUCCCAUUCUUGAGUUUCAAAUCAAAUCCGAAAGAAAAAAAAAAGAAAAAUGGUGGUGAUACAACAACAUGAACAUUUCUUAACUCUUAUAGAUUUGAAUCCAAAAUAUCCACACGACGAACCGGUAUAUGAUGAUGAGAAAGAUUUGAUUAGCCAUCAAGUCUUUCAACGUUCAUGUGAUCGGUGUGAUCAAAAAAUCACUUUUUUCCAUAGGUAUUACUAUAAGUGUAACCAGUGUGACUACUUGCUACACAAAUCGUGUUCAGAGCUUCCCAUAACAUUAGAACAUGCAUCCCAUCCUACACAUACUCUUUCCCUCUUUCAAAAUGAGUCACAACAGAAGUGUCAUGUGUGUGAAUGUAACAUUUUGAAAAAACAACUUUGUUAUUAUUGUUCUCCAUGUACGUUAAACAUAUGUUUAAAUUGUGGUAAGAACGAGGCACACCACAAUACUAUUUAUCACCCUAGCCACCAACACCCGUUAAUUCCCACAAAUAGGGAGAUUUUGGCUAUGUGUGAUGCUUGUGAGAAUGAACAUAAAGGGGUAUAUUAUCAGUGUAUAACAUGUUUUCUUCCUUUUAUCCAUAGGGAUUGUGUUUUUGGUUCCAAAAGGUUGCUAAUUCAAGACGGUACAUUUGAUAAAUUCUUUCAUACUCACCCACUUAUCCUCACCUUUGGAUUUCCGAAAGUAGACCAGCAAGCUAAAUUUUAUCCAAGAUGUAGGGUAUGCGACAAAUCCUUUUCUUAUAAAGAAAAUCUUUGGGUCUAUAAAUGCGGAAAAUGCAGAUAUUAUGCCCAUUUUGGUUGUGCAUAUUUAAGAAGUGAGACCUCCAAAUCAGCCGCAAGACGUAUAAUUUCAGAAAAAUAUGAUCAUGGUGUUCUCCAUCUCCCGCUCUCCGAACAAAACCUCGAAAAAGUCAUAGACUUCUUAUUCAAAGAAAGGAAUUACGAGAGGAGCAUAACUCAUGAUAGUCAUGAACAUCCGCUAAUUCUUGUGGAGGCACAAUGCAGUGACAUUACAACAAUGACUGAAGAGGACUCAUUAUGCAAUGCAUGCUUGAUACAAAUCAUGGAGAACACGACGUUUUACAAGUGCAAAUUUAAUGGCCAAGGAUGCAACUUUGUUCUCCAUGAGUGGUGCACCCGCUUGCCUCCUGAAUUAAAAGGCCACAAAUAUCACCAAGAACACACCCUUCUUCUCUCGCCAAAUGAAAGCAAUAAGUUUCUUUGCAAUUGGUUCAUGUGUCGUGCCUGCAGUCAUCGUUGCAAUGGGUUUGCUUACUCGUGUGUUGAAUGUGAUUGGAAAAUUGAUGUUUGGUGUGCAUUCAUACCUCAUAAAAUCAAACAUAAAUCUCACCCAAAUCACCUACUUUCAAGAAAUUACGAGUAUGAUAGACCUAGUGAAGACGACUAUUGUCGUAUGUGUUUGUCCGGUUUCUCGGAGCGCAAUGAACUUUCAUUCAGUUGCAAAGCUUCUGAAUUUCAUCUACAUGCUGGGUGUGCUUUGUUAUUACCAGAGACAAUUAGGCACAGGUACGACAAGCACCCGCUGAGCCUAGCUUACUCCCCAAUUGAAAACCAUGAGGGUGAUUAUUUCUGUGAAGUUUGCGAGGAGGAACUUAAUCCUAAUGCUUGGUUCUAUCAUUGCCAUGAAUGUGUCCAGUCCAUACAUACAACUUGCGCUCCAAUAUUAAUACCUCAAAGCAAACCAUACCUUUAUGGUGGCUUAAAGGCUCCUGCGCUCCUUCAAAAGGAGAGAGGCAUUUAUAAACCUGAAUAUCACCCGCACCGUCUUUCAUUUACACUAGGAAGUGGUCAUUGCACCAAGUGUGGUGACCACUUCUGGGCUCAAUAUAUCUUCGAGUGUUCAGAGUGUAAGUUUGUAAUCCAUGCAAGAUGUUUAACAUAGUAGUACCUCAUUACUUGAGGUAUCAAUAAGAAUUAUCUAUCUGUAUGUAUUGCUGAUAAUAAAUCAUGUUUAUAUAUAAAGUGUUUUAACAUUUAUGAUU